CCCGCCGAGGUAAGGCCAGCCCCCAGCAGCGGGGCCAUCCUGCUGCUGCUGCUGCUGCUGCUGGAUUUUUCCAGCCGGAGCAUCCUGCCGGCUCCGCCGUGAUUUAUGGAGAGCGGUUUCUGACGCGGGGCUUUUUCUAUUACGACAGGGACCCACGGACUGGAGGAGGCAAAGCUGCAGUCAGGGCAGGAGAAGUGAGGGAAAGGAAGAGGCGGGAAGACACAGAGGAGUGGAGAGGACAGAGGGAGAAAUAGGCACCGAGACUCUUCAGAGAUGGGUGAGUUAUAACUAAGGGAGCAGGAGGAAAGGCAGAGAAAGGAAGAAAAGGAGAGCCGUGGGGAAGGGGAAAGGAGAUAAGAGACUGAGUCAGCUUCCAGAGGGCAAACACCGGGAGACGAGUUCAGGGAACACCACAGCAUACCAAGAAGGACCUGCUCCGUCUGAAUCUUCAACAUGAGCACAAGGAAGAGCUGCCCCCUGCCACUGGGGCAAGGAGACCAGGAGGAAAAGCAGAGCGAGGGUACUCCUGACCUGGAGCGACAGGAGUGUGAGAUGGAGCUGAGGAACAAAGCUAUUCUGCAACAAAAGAGGCGUCUCAAACAGGCCACCCAGUUUGUGCACAAGGACUCUGCUGAUCUGCUGCCCCUGGAUGGCUUGACAAGACUUGGCACCUCCAAGGAUCUGCAGCCUCAUAGUGUGGUCCAGCGGCGCCUCUUGGAAGGCAACCUGAACAAGCUGCGGGGCGAGGCCAGGGGUCAGUCUGCAUGGGUUCAAUCUCCGCUGGCAAAGGACCAGGAUGAAAAGAUGGAAAAGGAAGAGGACAGGAGAAAAGAGACUUCACCCCUGCUAAUACAUUGCCAGUGUCAAGGUCAGCUAUUGAAAGCGACUGUUAACACUGGGUGUCUACCAAACCUCAUCUCCAAAAGAUGUUUCAACCAGCUAGGGCUGGAAGAAGUGUCUGCCAUGGACUGUGGAGACCUCUCUCCUCCCAUCCCCAGCGUUGUUGGCCGAGUAGAACAUAUGGAAUUGCAAUUUGGCCAGGAGACAGUGCUGUGUUCAGCACUGGUUGUAGAUGAUGAAAUGCUGGAGUUUUGUAUUGGCCUCCAGACUCUGUUGUCUCUCAAGUGUUGCAUCGACUUGGACGAAGGAGUCCUGAGAUUUAAAGCACUGAGUCAGGAGCUACCUUUUCUACAUGCCUCUGAAGAGCCUGGUCAGUGACUGGCUGCAUUCCCCAUGUCUGGAGACUUGCUGCCAAGAGAGUGAGAUGAGGGUGAGGCUCCCAUGCCCCUAACCUUGCUGAGUUCUAGGCUGAGGUAUUCAAUGGGGAGAGAGAAAAAGGCAAGUGGGUGCUGGAAGCUGUCACUGGGAGUGCCUCAACUUGAGUUAUCCCUCCUUUCAGUGGACCCUCUUGCUUGUCCUGAUGUGCCGAGUGGGCAUUUUGUUCUUGCUCUGCUAUUUGGCCCUAAUCACUCCAAUUUCUGGUUCUGUAAUAAAUUUAUGCUACCCGUUUAAUGACUUUACAAUAUACUCUGUUCACACGAGAGUCUCUGUGAACAAUCUCCAGUUGUUCUAUUGGUAAGAGAACAGUGUUUCCUCCAAAGACCACCACAAAUGUUUCCCUUCUUGUUGCCUCAAUGCCAGCGUACACCAGUCCUGUUUCUUUGUUGGAAGGGCUCUGUUCCCUUUGCCUGUACUCUGGGAAGCUGGAUUUUGCUGCUUUUUUCUGGCUCAGAGCAGAACAGAAGUAUUUUCUUGGGAAAACUUUGUGGCAAAGACAAGCUUUAGAGUUCUCAGUUCUAAGAAACUUUUGCAGAAAUGUUGAGUGCAGACACCUAAAGCACUGACAGGGGCUUGGGCUUUGCCAUUGCAUCCCUGGGCACUAAGCUAUAUUAUAUGAAUAGCAAUGCUUACCAUCUCUUGGUGUUACACCCUGUAACCAGACUUGCACACCCUGUUCUUCUGGUCAGGCCACUCCUCUCUGCACUCCAGCUGCUAGAGCUGCACCUCUGUUCCCUCUGCUGCUUCAUCAGAGAUCCUGCCACUCAGUUUAAAUGCCACGAUGAAUUACAGCACUGAGUCUUCUGCUCUGUCAGCUCCUUUCUUUCAACUUGAACUACAGUGAUUAAACACAGACACAUCAUCAGCCUCGAGUCCUGGCAUCACACAGCCCAUCAACUUUGCUUCUCUUGCACAAAAUGAGAACUUGUAGUAUCAGCUCAGGUUAGAGAACUGCAAACUCAUCUGGAACGUUAAAGGUGAUUAUUAAGUCACCUAACAAUUUGGUUUAUUUAAUUUCUUUUUCUUUUAAAUUUCCAUCCUAAAGCAUAGUUGUAUUAAAAAUACAUAAUCUAUUCUUAACUAGGUCUAGGAAAAAUGCACUAGAUCAGGGCUUGUUCCAUGCCUCAUGACUACUGAUUCACUACCCAAACUGCAAAAUGUACCUCUAGCUACCCUUAAAAAGGUAUUUGGGUACCCCAAAACGACAACCCCAUUUUGCUUAUUUUCCUGUAUUAAACACCACUGACUCUCCUCCUUUUUUAUCAAGCUGGUCAUUGCCACUGUUGUGUUUCUCAAAAAAUGUGUGUAUGCAUUUUUUCCUUUUGUUAGUUCUUUCCUCUGCAGCUGUACGCUGUAGUUUAACACAUGUUAAGGACAUAAGAGUAAAGUCUGGCUGAUAUGAUUUGGGAUUCACUUACAGAGAUAGUUGGCAUGACUGGCAUCUCCUGCUCCUACAAGGAUUUUUACUGUUAGUCAUCAUAUCUUGCAGCUUCUGAUAUGUUCCUUGACUUCUUUAUCACUCUUCUACUUAUGCUUCUAUUUCUGGCUGCAUGAACUGCUUUCCAUGAAUCUCUCGAGUGACACCAAUGGUUCUCUCAUUUAGUCAGGAAAACAUGCCUGCUCCAUGAGCCUGUCUUCCAAAGUAGCAGUAUCUUCUCCUGGAUUUGUAUCACUUGCAUGCCUGACUGGCUUCUCAAACCCAGGGGUCUAGACAGCUCAUGCUUGUACUAAACCAUCUUGUAUUCUAGCUGCAGUCUAUGUGGUACCUAAUUCAAUUCUGCUGACAAAAUCUUGCUUGUGACAGACAAAACAUCUGCCUCUAUAUGCAUCAACUCACCCAGUUUCCAACUCUAAUUGCCCUCUAAAAACAGCCUGUAGAACAAGGGCAAAUAAUCUAUACAUACAAAUACCAUGUCCGUUACAAAUCUUAUUACUUGUAAAUUUCUACAACUCAUUAAAAAAAGCCCCUCUAAAACACAACCCAAAAGCUGACUUUAGCCCUAACCCAAACAAUAAACCCUAACCCUAAAUAUAAGAUGUAGGGCACUACAUCCUAAUCCUAAAUUUAACCCCUAAAACACUCUAAAAAUGUUAAUUCUAACACCUAAAUCAAAUCACCACCCCCUAACUACAAAACUUAACAUUAAACAUAACCCCCUAGAUUUGACACUGUAACCCAAACACUUACCACCUGACUUUAAACUCAAACCAGAAACCUAAUCAUAAAAACAUUAACUAAUCUCAAAACCUAACCAUAAUCCCCAACCCUAAACUCUAAACAUUAAGCUAACCCCAGCCCCUAAACCUAAACACCAAGGCCUAAACCUAACCCUUAACUCUAAAGCACAUACCAAAACCUAACCCCUAAUCCCAACUCCAAGUAUGUCCCUAACCCUACAGCUAACCACAACCACCUAACCCUGCCUGAUGGCUUUUAUCAUUCCCACAAGGGGCCCUGCUUCCCUCCAGAGUGGGGCUGGGGCUUUUGCUCAGUUUUGCUUUCCCCUGCAAGGGGUCCUGCUGCCCUCCAGAGUUUUCCAGGGCUUCUGCCAGGCUUUGCAAGGCCCAUAUGUGGAGCAACACAGGGCUUUUGUUGGGCUUUGCUGGUGCCCACAAGUGCAGGGGAAGGGGAGGGCCACCAAUAGCUCUAACUCCUGGCCACUUCCUUGUGAGAGCAGUGCCUGGUGUCAGUUUUGCAGCUGAGCCCUAGCUAGGGCAAGGGUGUAGGUGAAUAGGAGCCUUCAGACUGAAGCCAACAGGAAUCUUUCCAGUCAUGCAAAAGGUGUUGGAUGGGAUCCUAUAGAAAACUGCCAUGACUUUGAGUUGACAAUUCUGACUACUGCCUGUCGCUUGCAGCCCUGCAGAUACUAGUACACUAGCUACUGCUGGAAUUCACCAUGUGCUGUUCCUACACAUCUGUCUUGGAAUAACUGCUUUUGCUCACAUUCAGAACAUCCCCCAGCCUUUCUGAAGCCCUUCUGUGGUUCACAUGCCUCAUAUCCUAAACCACAAGCAGUCUGGGCUCCUCUGUGAACUAAUGUGCUACAGCUGGUGAAAAUCCCCAGCCCUAUCUGUUCCUCUCUUCUCUGCUUAAUGACUCCUUCUUUGCAUCCUCCUUUCAUCCCUCAGGCUGGUGAGUAAAAAAUUUCCUUCAAAAAGGAAUUCUUUUGUUUCUAGAGAAUCCUUUUAACACUUGCCUUGUAACCCUAGCUGCUAAUACUCACACAUUGUGCCACAAUCUUGAUAGCCUUUCCUCUUUGUUGUAAACAACUGCAUGCAUAAAUUCUCAGUCACAGAGAAGAUGUUUCCAAGAAAGCAGUAAAUUAGUGUGAGUUCUUUUCUCAGCUCUGAAAUCAGUUCCAGAGCAGAAGACAUGCUCCUCACCUUCCUCCUGUCCAUGUCAGUUUGAACACACAGAUCCACUCAGUAGAAGUCUCUUAUGUCCUGACAUUGAGGAAUCUGUUGACAACAGCUGUCUUUGAACCUCUUCAUCAAGCUUUGCUGCAGGCAGAGCUUCCAG